UGCUCUUUCCCGUUUCCAGAUGGACCGUUUUCGCCGGUUGGCACCCGGGGCAGACCCCGUUAUGACCCCCUUGCCAGGCAACCUGUGGAGCGCCUUCAGCUAGAAGUGCAAGAAUUGCUGCAACAUUCGUUGGCACCUCGUACCCACUCGCUCUAUCGACGGGCCUGGAACAUUUACCAGGAAUUUUGCACACUGCAUGGCUUUGGUGAUCCCCUUUUCUCAUCUUUACAAUCACUUGUUCAAUUUAUUGCAUUUCUGUCAAUUAACGGGUAUGCUUCUACCACCAUUGCGUCUUAUGUUUCAGGUAUUGCUUCGUCUUUGCGUUUGGCUGGGUCGCCCGACAUAACCAAACAUUUUAUUGUUAAGCGUCUGUUAGAGAGUAGUAGGCGGCUGGACAGUCGCCGUGACUUACGCCGUCCCAUUACUUUCAGUAUUUUGCGACGCAUUGUGCCUGCUUUGGAUUCCAUUUGCACUAACCAGUUUGAAGCACAGCUCUUUAGAGCGGCAUUUCUGUUCGCUUUCUUUGGGUUUUUACGUGUUGGCGAAUUCACUGCCAAGUCUAAGCAUGUGGUUUCUCCCCUGAGGCAUUCAGAUGUUUCCUUGCAGGUUGCGCCCACUGGGCGGGUUGUGGUGCUCAAUGUUAGGUUUUCAAAAACCAAUCAGUAUGGUCGGGGUUGCUUCAUUACGAUUCCCGAGUGUUCACAGGGCGAUUUUGCACUUUGCCCUGUUCGAGCUGCGGCGCAGUUUUUGAGCGUUCUGCGUCCGCAUUGCUCAAGCUUCUUUUCACACUUCAAUGGGGACCCAGUCACACGCUCCCAAUUCACUGCGGUUCUUCAGCGUUCUCUGGAUUUUGUUGGUCUUGGUGACAUGCGUUUUUCUUCGCAUUCAUUUCGUAUUGGGGCAGCCACCUCUGCAGCAAUGUCAGGUAUUCCCGAGGCGGAUAUUUAAGCUAUGGGGCGUUGGAAGUCCAACGCCUAUAGCCGCUACAUUCGUAUUGACCCCGGCUUUAUUUUGUAAAAAGCCUGCCCCUGCUCAGUUUUCUUUUGUUAAUAAUUUUGUUAAUGCUUUUGUUUGGAUUUGAUUUUAGUAUUACAACCCCAUUUUAAUUUGUUUUCUUUCAUUCUGUUUCCUUUAUGAGCAACCCCACACCACGGUGAGCCUUUGGUGUGGGUUAUUGGCGACUCUUUUGUACAUUGGGCAUCCCGCAUAGCUGUGAGGGAUGCUACACUCAUACCCGGCUUGAAGGUGCAAUGGUUCGGGAGACGGGGACUCCACAUUGAGCAGUUUGGAGAUUUUCUGCAAUACACGUGGUCUCGCGAAAACUCCAAUCCGGACGCCAUCAUUAUUCAUGUGGGAUCAAAUGACCUCGGCAAGGUGCCAAAGAAAUGCAUGUUGCAUGACAUCCAUCGGUUGCUGUCGGGCACCAGAGAACUUUUGCCGCACGCCAUAAUUUUCUGGUCCGAAAUUUUACCACGAGUUGCCUAUACUGGGGCGAUCAAACAAAACA